AUGGCAGAGAGCCGUGAGGAGCCUGAUCAGUAUGGCAGCAUGACCCUGGAUCCACCUGAUGGUCCAGAAUACUCUGCAAGUGGUCGAGGCAGCGAAGUCAUUGAAGAAGGAGACAGCAUAAUGGAAGAAAGUGAAUCGGACACGAUAGGCAGGUCUGCCAUAGAAGAUGACGGAGAAAACGAAUCUGUAGAAGUCGACGGAUGGAGCGAAGACGCAAAAAACGCGUUGGCAUACAGGCACAAGAAGGAAUUCUGGACAAAGAUCGGAGAAUCGCUAGACAUCCCAUGGCGCGAAGCAGAAGCAAUGCACUUCGAACUGGGCGAGGAAGAGCUCUCGUCUAGAGCCGGCGAGACACCACAACAUCCCACUGUCAACGACAUGAUAGCGGAUGUUCGAAAGGGCAUAGACCAUCUGUCCGGUCUACUUCACCUUGUGACGGAGGAGCCUCAUGAGGAACUCACCUACUCUCGCUUGCUGCAUGCCUUGGCUAGAGUAUCAACCAGCGCUGCCGCUGUGACAAAACACAUAGAUGAAAACUUAGGCACCUGA